CACGGCGCCGGUAUAUAAACUCCGUUGUUGACGUCAGCGUUCUCUUCCCUGCCUGUGCCUUCGUGAGGUGGGCAGUGUAAUAAAGGAUUCUUCCCUCAACUGAGUGAAUCCAACGCCAUCCGUCAAAAUGGUGAACUUUACAAUAGACCAGAUCCGUGCCAUCAUGGACAAAAAGGCAAACAUCAGGAACAUGUCCGUCAUUGCGCACGUUGACCAUGGAAAGUCCACCUUGACCGACUCACUGGUGUCCAAGGCCGGUAUCAUCGCCUCAUCACGUGCUGGCGAGACCCGUUUCACCGACACCCGCAAAGAUGAGCAGGAGCGUUGCAUCACCAUCAAGUCCACCGCCAUCUCUCUCUUCUACGAGCUGCACGAUAACGACACUGCCUUCAUCAAGCAAGGCAUCAAUGGCAAUGGCUUUCUGAUCAAUCUCAUUGAUUCCCCUGGGCACGUUGACUUCUCCUCUGAAGUGACUGCUGCUCUCCGUGUCACUGAUGGCGCCCUGGUCGUGGUGGACUGUGUGUCCGGUGUCUGUGUGCAGACUGAGACGGUGCUGCGUCAGGCCAUUGCUGAGCGCAUCAAGCCAGUGCUGAUGAUGAACAAGAUGGACCGCGCUCUGCUGGAGCUGCAGCUGGAGCCCGAGAGGCUGUACCAGACCUUCCAGCGUAUCAUUGAGUCCGUCAACGUCAUCAUCUCCACCUACGGAGAAGACGACGGUGGACCCAUGGGCCUCAUCUUCAUCGAUCCAGUGAUUGGUACCGUUGGCUUCGGCUCCGGGCUUCACGGUUGGGCCUUCACCCUCAAGCAGUUUGCAGAGAAGUUCAUCGCCAAGUAUGCCGCCAAGGGAGACCUGACCCUCACACCAGAGGAGCGAUGCAAGAAGGUUGAGGCCAUGAUGAAGAAACUGUGGGGUGAAAGGUUCUUUGACCCAGAGACCAACAAGUUCACCAAGACCUGUUCUGGAUCCAAGAACACCGUGCUGUCCCGUACCUUCGUCCACCUCAUCUUGGACCCCAUCUACAAGAUGUUCGAUGCCAUCAUGAACUUCAAGAAGGAAGAGGCAGCCGCCAUGUUGGAGAAACUCGACAUCAAGCUUGACACCGAAGACAAGGACAAGGAGGGCAAGCCCCUGCUGAAGGCCGUGAUGCGUCGCUGGCUGCCAGCCGGAGAGGCUCUGCUUCAGAUGAUCGCCAUCCACCUCCCCUCCCCGGUCACCGCCCAGAAGUACCGUUGUGAGCUGCUCUACGAAGGACCUGGAGAUGACGAGGCCGCCAUGGGUAUCAAGAACUGUGACUCCGCCGCUCCCUUGAUGAUGUACAUCUCCAAGAUGGUGCCCACCACCGAUAAGGGACGCUUCUAUGCCUUUGGGCGUGUCUUCUCUGGCACAGUCUCCACUGGCUUGAAGGUUCGCAUCAUGGGACCCAACUACACCCCUGGAAAGAAGGAGGAUCUCUACACCAAACAGAUCCAGAGGACCAUUCUCAUGAUGGGGCGUUACACUGAGCCCAUCGAGGACGUGCCCUGCGGUAACAUCGUCGGUCUGGUCGGAGUGGACCAGUACCUCAUCAAGACCGGUACCAUCACCACCUUUGAGGCGGCCCACAACAUGAGGGUGAUGAAGUUCAGCGUGUCCCCCGUGGUGAGGGUGGCAGUGGAGGUCAAGAACCCCGCCGAUCUCCCCAAGCUGGUGGAAGGCCUGAAGCGUCUGGCCAAGUCCGACCCCAUGGUGCAGUGCAUCAUUGAGGAGUCCGGAGAGCACAUCGUGGCUGGAGCCGGAGAGCUCCAUCUUGAGAUCUGCCUGAAGGAUCUGGAGGAGGAUCACGCCUGUGUGCCCCUCAAGAAAUCCGACCCCGUUGUGUCCUACAGAGAGACCGUGAGCGAGGAAUCCUCAAUCAUGUGUCUGUCCAAGUCGCCCAACAAGCACAACCGUCUCUUCAUGAAGGCUCGCCCCUUCCCCGACGGCCUGGCCGAGGACAUCGAGAAGGGAGACGUGACUCCCCGCCAGGAGCUCAAGGCCCGCGCCCGCUACCUCGUAGACAAAUACGAGUGGGACGCAGGCGAGGCCCGUAAGAUCUGGUGCUUCGGACCCGACGGAACCGGCCCCAACCUGUUGGUGGACGUCACCAAGGGAGUGCAGUACCUGAACGAGAUCAAGGACAGCGUGGUCGCCGGCUUCCAGUGGGCCUCCAAGGAGGGUGUCCUCUGUGAAGAGAACAUGCGUGCCUGCCGUUACGACGUCCAUGACGUCUCCCUGCAUACUGAUGCGAUCCAUCGUGGUGGUGGCCAGAUCAUUCCCACAGCCCGCCGAGUGCUGUACGCCUGCCAGCUCACAGCCGAGCCCAGACUCAUGGAGCCCGUGUACCUUGUGGAGAUCCAGUGCCCAGAGGCAGUUGUUGGUGGAAUCUACGGUGUGCUGAACAGGAGACGUGGCCACGUGUUCGAGGAGUGUCAAGUCAUGGGAACCCCAAUGUUCAUUGUUAAGGCCUUCCUGCCUGUCAACGAAUCGUUCGGUUUCACUGCUGAUCUGCGCUCCAACACCGGUGGUCAGGCCUUCCCCCAGUGCGUGUUCGACCAUUGGCAGAUCCUCCCAGGAGACCCCAAGGACGCCACGACCAAGCCUUUCCAGGUUGUCGCCGACAUCCGCAAGCGCAAGGGAAUCAAGGAAGGCAUCCCGCUGCUGGACAACUACCUGGACAAAAUGUAAACGGAUUCCACCAUUCCCAGACCCAUUUCAUUAAAUAACCUUCAUGUUGGAGCAGGACUGUACAAAUCAUAAUGAGCACUGUUUGCCAAAUGGAUUGAAAUCACAAAAAAAAAAGGUAAACCAUAAAUAAAGGAAUAAUAAAAAUUGCAA